AUGGGAACCUACGUGUUUCGAUGGCCGCACGCUGCGACCGAGGUUUUCGUCACAGGCACGUUCGAUGACUGGGGAAAGACGGUCAAGCUGGAGAAGAAGGGCGAUGUCUUUGAGAAAGAGGUGGCCCUGCCAGCCGCAGACCAGGAGGUUCAAUACAAGUUUGUCGUUGACGGUAUCUGGACUACAGAUAGUCACGCGUACGAGGAAGACGACGGCCACAACAACAUCAACAACGUUCUAUUUCCCAAAGACAUCAAAAAAUACACUCCCCAGGCAGCAGUCAUGUCUGGCGUAGCUCCUGGCUCGACAACUGCUGCUCUUGCGGCCGCCGUGCCCAAAGAAUCGGAGAAGAACAUCACCGCCGCCGAGGACGGCGCUCACACGUUAUCCUCUGUCGCCCCGGGGUCGACCACGGCCGAGCUCGCCAAGAACGUGCCUCUGGUACAGAACGAGGGACUCCCAGGGACGUUUCCCGAGACUCCCGCUAAAGAGGCCGAGACGUUCUCGGUGAACCCGCUCCCAGCAACGAACGGAAUUGGGAAUCCGAUCCGGCUAACCCCCGGCGAAAGUGUCCCCGCGGCCGGCAACAUCACAUCAAACACCGUGCAAUCGACCGUGCGGACCGACAAAGCCGCCUAUGAACAGGAUGCCAGUGCGCCCUUUGCCGCCGGCGCCGCCCCGCUCGCGAGCCAGACCGAUGAGAAUGGUAGUGCGUUUGCGGUUCCCCCAGUGUCCAAGAACAUGAUUCCCGAGUCGAGCCUACCGAUUGGGGGCAACACGGAGAAUAUGACGGAUCCAGGCGUCACCAUCCAGUCUGCAGCUCCCACCUCAACGACGGCCGUCCUCGCGGCCGCAGUGCCCCUGGAGUCUCGGCGACAAGCGGAGGGCGAGGCCCCCGUGAGCGAGGUCCCCGCCGUGGUGAAGAACUCAAUGGCCGAAGCACACGAACCGGCCGAAGCUGCCGCAAGCCAUGAGGCGGUCAGCGAGAAGAAGGAGGUGGAGCAGGAGCUGCUCGCCAAGACGGGCGGUGCAGAGGGCGAGGCUCCCGUGAGCGAGGUCCCUGCCGUGGUGAAGAACUCAAUGGUCGAGGCACACGUACCGGCGGAAGCUGCUGCAAGCUAUGAGGCGGUCAGCGAGAAGAAGGAGGUGGAGCAGGAGCUGCUCGCCAAGACGGGUGGUGCAGGGGGCGAGGCUCCCGUGAGCGCGGUCCCUGCCGUGGUUCAGGACUCGAUCGCGGAGGCGCACCGAUCCCCAGAAGCCGCCGCAAAUCAAGAAGCCGUGAGGGAGAAGACGGCCACCGAGGAGGAACUGCGCAGCAAGGUCAGCCCCAGUGAAGCCGUAGGGCAACCUGCACCGACGGCGACUGCGGUGGCGACUGAGACGGCACCCGCCCCAACUGCGGCCGGCCAACAGGCUGAGUCGCGACAGCUGUCACCUCGGUCCACGACGCCUGUCCCUGGCGGUACCACGACAGGGCCUACAGUCACGUCAGGGGUCGCCUCUGCCCCGACCAGCGAAGUGUCUACUGCCGUACCGGGGAAGAAGCAGCAAAGCACUGCGGAGGCGGGGACGGGGACGAGCUCCAAGGAGACGAAGAAGAAGCACCGGUUGAGUUUCUUCCAGAAACUGAAGGAGAAGUUUAAAUAGGAUGUUUUCUUUUUACAUCUGAUGCGUUUUGAUGUUAUGAAACUUGGAUACCUGUUACGCCCGCUUGCACUACUAAUCAAUGCUAUUGAAUUAUUCUCAUUAUAUAUCCUUGGCGUCCUUUGUACUAUUAAACUAUUAAAUUGGAAUCGCAUUGCUGACUAUCCCAUUAAGCUUAACUGGAUAUCCCAGCAUACUAUCCUGUUAGAUACCCAUACUCCGUAACUUGGCUGCAGGAAAAGAACUCACUCAUUCCCCGUUUUGGUCAUACAGCACCCGCAGAAAAGGGAAGCAGGCCAACAAACAAUCUAUCCAGUCAGAGAUAAUGCAACGGAUGGAAUCAGGAAGAUUUACGUACCGCUGCAACGACCGUGGUGAGAAACCCGAGGGUCGGUCCGACAACCUUGCAGUGGCAGGGAUUCUGGUCUGUACCGCACUGGAAGCAGAUGGGGAGGAUGGGGAGAGGGAUGCCAGACAUG